AUGGCAGAAGACGCCCCAGUUCAGUCAACCGAAGCGUCCGUGGAGACCGAAGAGCAAUCGACGCGUCCUGCGGACGACAAACCCGCCGCCGCACGAGACAGCACCGAGCCAGCCACCUCGGGCGCCAACGGUGUCGCCGCUGCUGAGGACACUGAAGCCGACGAAUCCGCCGCCCCCGCAGCUGACGACGAGCCUGCCUCUGAAGAUAUAAAGGCCACAGCUGGAGAUGCGGCUGCUGAGACUGCCCCAGGUGCUGCGGCCGGUGAUGAAGCCACUACCGCUGAGGCGGGCGGCGCUACUGCAGGCUCCAAGAAGAAAGAGAAGAGGAAGUCCGGAGCCGGUGUCCCAGAGCACAAGACCAAGAAGCUUAACAAGAAAAAAUCGAUGGUAAACCUUCACCUUGACGUCGAACCUGGAGAAUACUGGUGGGCGCGGAUGAAGGGACACCCGACAUGGCCAUCUAUUGUGUGCGACGAGGAGAUGCUGCCGGAAAGCCUUCUCAGCAAGCGACCAGUCAGUGCUGCCCGCGUCGACGGCUCAUACCGCCCCGAUUUCGAGGAAGGUGGCAAAAAUGCUCGUGAUCGGAGGUACCCGAUCAUGUUCCUGGGCACCAACGAAUUCAACUGGCAGCCUAACACUGACAUGGACAAGAUCGACAUGGACGAGCUGAAGCAGACUGUCAAGGAUGGCGAUCAGGGCAAGCGUUCGAAGGCUCUUUGGGAGGCAUACAAAGUUGCUGCCGAAGAACAUGACCUUGCUUAUUUCAAGAAGCUCCUUGUUAGCCACGAAGAAGCGAUGAAAAAGGACGCUGAGGAGAAGGCAGAAGCUGAUGCCAAGAAGAAGGCGAAGAAAGAUAAGAAGAGCAAGGAUCGGGUUGACGAUGACGGAGACGUUGACAUGGAUGAAGCUGAUGUGCCCGCCGAUGAAGCGGAAAAGAAGAAGCAGCCGAGCAAGAAGCGGAAAAAGGGAGCUGAGAGCGACGGUGAAACCGAGAAGCCGGCGAAGACCCCAAAGACUCUCAAAGUCAAGGGUCCCAAAACCCCGGCCGAGGAUUCUGCUACGAAAACCCAAAAAACUCCCAAAUCCAAGACCAAGGCCCCGAAGAAGUCCAAGAAUGACAGCGAGGAAGCAGCCGAUCCGCCUAAGGUCGAGGAGGCACCGGUUUCUGACAAAGACCGUAGAGCCAGGCAGGAGAAGACUGUGCUGUACCUGCGCCAUCGCCUUCAGAAGGGCUUCUUGACUCGUGACCAAGCGCCGAAAGAGGAUGAGAUGCAUACAAUGGAUGACUACUUCAAUCAAUUAGAGGCAAUCCAGGACCUGAACGGUAACAUCAUCAAAUUGACGAAGAUCCACAAGGUGCUCAAGGGCAUUGACAAGCUCCAUGAGAUCCCCAAGGAGGAGCAGUUUAAGUUCAAAGAGCGCUCCAGGAAGCUGCUUGCGGACUGGAACUCGGCCAUUGCAAGCGCAGAGAAUGCGGGCGAGAGCACUGCUAAGCCGGCGACAAACGGUGUUCAUGAAGCAGAGAAGACCGGCGACAAGACUCCAGAGACCGCAGCUGCAGCAGCCGAGGAGGCCAAUCCCGCCGAGACAGCAAAGGAUGCCGACACGGCAGAGCCAGCGGAGGCGCCAGUCGAGACCGAGACUCUCGGCAAUGACGCAAAGGAUGAAGCUGACGUAGCUAUGGAGGACGCAAAGCCUACAGAGCCUGAGACCGAGGAUCCAAAGGAGACAGAAACAGAAAAGACUACCGGGACCGGUGCGGAGACCGCGGCUGCUGAGACCACCGCUACUGCAUAA